UUGUUUCAUGUUGCGAAUUUUCUUUUGUAAACAAUAAUUGAAUUCUGUAUUUAUUAAAUAUUCAGUUCAAAUGAUAUUCAGCGGUAUAGUUUAGACAAAAAUGGAUAAAAAUGAUAAUUCUCAACUCACAGAGUUUCCGCGCUUUGAAUCUGAAUCUAAUCAGAGUGGCGUAACAAUGUUUUUUAAUAAACUAUGGAAAUUACCCUUAUUUUCUCCAAACGAAAGUGACGAUCACACGGAAGAUAAAAUAUCGGGUGAUAAUAAAUAUACUCAGCUUGAGGAUCCUAGUAAGAAAGAAGUCGAUUUAAAAAAUGAUCCUUCGUGCAGUCAGACAACUGAAAGUGGGCGCAAUGUUAUGAGAAAAAUUAGUGUUUUCAGUUCGGGGAGUGGCACUCGAUAUGCUGACACAGAUCUAGCAAGAUAUUGGAUGCCAGAUGAUAUAUCACGGGAAUGUUAUGAAUGUGCAGCGCGUUUUGGUGCAUUACGUCGUAGACAUCAUUGUAGAGUAUGUGGACAGAUAUUUUGUUCAAGAUGUUGCAGUCAACGUGUGCCAGGCCAGAUUUUUGGGUGUGCUGGUGAUUUGCGUGUUUGUACUUAUUGUUGUAAUGUAGUACUCAGCUAUCUACGUGAAAAUGACAUCACUGGUGAAAUAUAUCCCGACUUGCGAAUGUUACAGGAGAACCUUCAGACAAAAUGUCCAGAAAAGAAAUCAAACUCAACAGGAAAUCGAGACUUUAUGUUUGCCCGCGAGCAAGAGAACUGUGAAGUGCGAAGUUCCACCAAAGAUAUACAUGAUAUCUACAGACAGUUGUCAUUUUCACUUCCAACUCAACAUCAUAGAUACCGUUUAGUGAGAUAUAGCAACGUAUGGCGAGGAUGUGACGUCAUACAAUGGGUUAUGGAAAAUACUCUGAAUAAAACCAGGGCCCAGGCGUCAAUGUUUUGUCAGAGCCUCUUGCAACAAGGCUAUAUGGAGCAGGUGACCGAUCCACCUCAUUUCGCUGAUUAUGGCCUCUAUCGACCUCUGAAUUUGGUCUGCACCGAACCUGACGUCUCAACUGAUGAAAACAAUGAAGAAGCCGAAACGACCAGAUUGGUUGAAAGUGUGUCUUCAUAUUGUCUGGAUCUGAAUCUAGGCGAUAGUUCAGCGCGACUUAUAAAGUCUACUAAAAGAGAACCAGCAGUUAAGACACCAGAGGAGGAACAAUUGGUUAUAGAAAACAAUGACAGUAGCGAAGUGCGGCCUAUAUGUAAAGCGAUAGAGGAAUCAGGGGUCGAACAUAUUAAGCUGCUACUACGCCAAUGCCUCGCGCGACAGGCUCUAUGUUCUAGCUGGGCUGACGUGUUGUAUCCGCUCUGUGUACACGCCGCCCAUAUUACGUCACCAGACCUAAUGGGCGCUGAUAUAGAUGUACGGAACUACGUCCAAGUAAAGAAAGUCCCCGGUGGGGAGAAACGAGACAGUGUGGUUGUACCUGGCGUUGUUAUAUCCAAGAAUGUUGUACAUAGAGGAAUGCCUCGACAGAUUACAAACCCCACUGUAUUACUCCUUGACUGUUCAAUCGCGUACCAACGAGUUGAGGGGAAACUUACCUCCUUGGAGCCUGUUUUAAUGCAGGAACAAGAAUAUUUAGUACGAUGUGCCGCGCGCAUAUCAGCGCUGCGUCCGCGCGUAGUGCUCGUUAAGGGAGGCGUCGCACGCGGCGUACAGGAUGCGUUGAGGGAACAGGGUGUGGCUCUGGCAAUAGGAGUGCGCGAUAGAGCGUUACGUCGUGUGUCACGAUGCGCACGCGCUGAUCUUGUCGCGUCUAUUGACGCACGCAUCGGCAUGCCCAAACUUGGUACUUGCAAGAAUUUUAGUAUUAAAAAUUAUACCAGUAAAACCUUAAUGGUUCUAGAAGGCUGCGCCGAACCCAAUUUGGGAUGCAGUAUUUUACUACGAGGUGGCACUCAACAAGAACUAACACGUGUUAAAAAAGUAGCGAAAUUCAUCCUUCUUGCGUGUUAUAACUGGAAAUUGGAAAAGGCCUUCUUAGGGGACAUUGAAGCUGUAUUGCCAGAACCAGGCAUGAGUUUUAUAGAAGACCCAAUUGACACCAAAAUUGUUGAAAAAGACAUCGAAAUUGGUGAAGCUGUUCUGGAAAGGAUUAAGACAAAUGAAUCGGACGAUAGUGAUAUUUUUGAUGGGAAAAUUAAUUACGAUAUCAAAGUUGAAGAAAGUAAAGAAGUGGAUUCAAGUGAUUUAAAAAAUGAAGAAAAUGAUGAAACAAAUGAAUCUGAAACAAAAAUUGAAGUUAAAGAAAUUGAGGAUCCGCUGAAGAAACAAUAUCGUAAAAUGGAUAGUGAUAAAAAUCUUAGUUGUGGAGUUCCGAUAAAGGAUUUCAGUGAUCCACUAAGGUCUACUGUGUCGAUGGAGGAUGAUGUCUUUCUACCCGUCGAAGCUGAGUUAAAGGCUGAUACGAAAGCUGAAAGGUGGUGCACCGAUGACGUGGUGCUAUCGAUGUCGCCUAACAUCGUGAUUCCUGCCCCGCCUAGGCCCAUUCGGCCUCAACCCCCCCACACCCCACGGGAAUUGAGGCACCAGGUGGAUUCUAAACCGGUGGAAAGACAGCUCAAGGAGCCCCACCCUUUCGUGAAGCAAGCGAUAACAGCACCGGCCGAUGAUUUGUCCGUAAAACGGAUGCUUGCUAACUUCAGAGCGACUGGUUGCCGGCUUGUUGCUGACAAACAUAAACCGGAAUGUCCGAAAUACAGUCCAUCGGUCGUUAAGCCGGUACUGAGUGAGGUAGAGACAAACAAAAAGAAGGAAUCUGAGUGCUUGGACCCCUUGGACCCAGAACACCAUCAGAGACUGAGUUUAUUGUUGUACAGUCAUUGCAAUAAGUCACCCAAUGUUCCAGACUUUUGUGUAAAUCCCUGGAUAGUGACGAUGGAGAUGUACGGUCGUCACGAUAUAUCUUUGGGCGCGUUUUUAGAGAAGUACUGCUUCAACCCAGACCACAAAUGUCCAUCACCCAACUGUCAUGUGCCUAUGAACCAGCAUAUACGCAGAUUCGUCCAUGGCGACGUGUGUAUAUCGAUAACAUGCAACACGAUUGGACACAGCAAUAUGGACAAAACCAAGGAGGAUCAAAAUAAGCAGGUAAUGUUCUGGUCCCGUUGCGAAGCCUGCGGGAUAAUAUCCCGUGGCGUGCCACUGUCCCGGUCGGCGUUAGGGCUGUCUCUGGCCCAGUACGUGCGACAGCGCGUCGCGGCUCCGCGCUAUGGACGCAAGUUGUGUGCGCACCCGCUCAACAAACAUUCGCACGCGUUCGUUACUCGACUCACUACUGCUUGUUUCAGGUACAAUAAGAUAAAGACAUACGAUAUCCAGCUGCCUCCAGACGUGAUUUCGAUCGACUAUGACACAAAACUGAUGCGAGACUCGCUGAUAGCGCAUUUAAACGAACUUAUGCUUAAAGGCCAUGAAACAUUAAGUGUUGGUGAUGGCGACGCAGAGCGUGAAUACAGCGUGUUCAAACAACACAUGGAACAAAUCCACUUGGCGCUAACUGCGCCUGCGCAUCCUAACACAUCUCUCACUGAAGUGGUUCGUCGUCUGUGGAAUGUGUAUGAUAACAUUAUAACUGGCGAGAAAAUGUUAAGGGACGCGCAGGACAAAUUAUCUCCCAAUACAAAGAACAAAGUGAUCAUGGAGUCUAAUGUGGAAGAAAGAACUGAUUCGGAGGAUUCUGCCUGCGACUCAUCGAAUGAAAUCAAUUUGGAUAUUAAUUUGGAUAAGGAACAUAUUGGUACAGAAGAAGAGGAAGAAAGAGGUGAUAAAAAGACAGUUAAACAGAUAUUGUCUCAACUCCUCACUAAUAAUCAACCCUCGAAUCAGACGGGGAUGAUAAUAUCGAGCGGAGUGUUGCCAGUGCUUGUAAAAGCGGGGGAAAUUGGAUCAGUUAUUGCGGCAACACUUGCUUCUGUGACGUACCAACUUAGCUUGCAGCAACACAAACAGAGACAUAGUACUCAGUCGGAGUUAGAAGAUGAUUUAACAUCAAGUAAAGACAAAGUUGAUGGGGACAAAGCUAAAGUGAAAUCUAAUGACCAUAUCGAAGUUUUGUUAAAGGAUGGUUUAAUAUGCCGCGUGUACUACGCAGUACAAUUUCACAAAUUGCGACACAUGCUAUUGGCUAAUAUUAGUGGGGAAAGAGCGGAUUCAGGGGACGAAAGCAAGUGCUGUGACCCGCUUAGAAGAGAAGAGAAGGAAACUAAAGGUGUAUGUGAAAUAGAAGAGGGCUUCAUCAGGUCCCUGGCGCAUUGCGUGCCCUGGGCCACCAGGGGAGGAAAGUCGGGUUCUACCUUCUGCAAAACUAAAGACGACCGAUACGUACUAAAAGAGAUGACGAAACCAGAAUGGCAACAAUUCUUGGAGUUUGCGCCUCAUUACUUCAACUACGUCACUAGUUGUCGGGCCAAUGGAUCGUCUAGUUUGCUUGCCCGCAUCUUGGGCGUGUUCAGCGUGGGCGGAGCGGGAAGCGGCGUGCUGGUCAUAGAACACGUCUGGUACGGACCCACAAGAGGGGAUAUGUUGCGGUUCGACCUUAAAGGCGCCGCUCGUCACAGACUAGCGACUGGAGCUGCUUCGAUGCCGCCGAAUCAAGCCGUGCUUGUCGAUGAUAAUCUUCUUGCGCUACGCUGGGACCGUCAGUUAUACGUGGAGUCGAGUACGGGGAGUAAGCUUUGGGCGAGUUUGGAGCGGGACACAUCAUUUUUGGCUCAGCAUCACGUCAUGGAUUACUCCCUUCUGUUGGGAAUACAGGAUGACACCCUAGUACUAGGGAUAAUUGACUACAUCCGAACAUUUACAUGGGAUAAGAAGUUGGAACAUUUAGUUAAAAAGAACUUGGGUUCUGGUCAACCCACAGUAGUAUCACCGGAACAGUACAAGCGACGGUUUUGUGCGGCGGCAAGGAAAUACUUUCUGCAGUGUCCCGAACAUUGGCAUCAGCUUAAUGAUAUGAAAGAUGUCUAGUUGGGAAUAAUUAACGGAUCAAGGUGAGAUUUUAACAAAACCUUUGUAAAAGUAGUUUUUUUUGUUAAUAUAAAACAUAUCGUUUCAGUCGUGUAGAAAACGUUUUAUUGUUCGGUUAACUGUCUAAUAGUCAAAUAUUAUUCUGUAAGAAAUGCAGUUAAAUUCUAGGCUAUAAGAUGGUAUCAACAAACAAAGAAUCUUCGACGCUUAAAUUAUGAUUUUAAUGUUAUAUAUGAAAUUACUUUCGCUGAUUAUUUCUUCAAAUUUAUUGUGUUGACGUAAUAAAAUAAAAAUCUUUUCAAAAAUUUUAUUCUACUUUUGUACAGAAAACGUCACUAACAAUAGAAAAAACUAAUAUGUUGAUGGUAGCUAACUUCAGGGUGUCGGGUUUUUGUGACGGCGCGCGCAUCGUAUAAAAUUACUCUCAUAAUUUAUCCCGACCGCGCCAAAAGAAGUAUAACUUCAAAAACAUUUAUGUAUACAUGUAUAAAUAUAAUAUUAGUAUAAGGGUCUGUCUCACAAAGUAUGGAUAAAGUACCAAAUAGUUAUGCAACGCAUAAAUUAUUUGGGAGAUAAAAGUUUCGAAUAAGGAACUUCUGCUUUCAGCGGACUCAUAACUUAUGGUGAACUUUAUGUGACGAAUAACGCUAUCUGUAUAUCGAAUAUAGCAACAAUAGUGUUUAUCCUACCAAUAAGUAAUAAAUAGCUUAUUUGGAACUUAUAUAAAACUUAUCCGUACAUUGUGAAACAGACCCAUAAUGUUGAAUGAUGUCAAAGUUAAAAUCGCUGUAAAUUUAAGAAUAAAAUAAUUCGGAAAUGUGAGUAUUAAUCGAGUCUCAAAAUUAGUUCUAUUUGUAUAUAAUAAAAAAAUACACGAAAAGGCGAUCGAAAAUCAGUCCAUUAAAGGAAUUUUGAUUUAUAUUUUGUAUUAGUAAAUUCAGGUUUUGAUUUAAAGAAUACAGACUGUAUUCCUGACAGACCCUCAUCAGGGUUUAUGUUUCCAUCGGUAUUCCGUAAUUUCCAAAAUAGUAAAGCGAUUCCAAGUAUGCGACAACAGCGCUACGGAUAUUAACAGAAUUAUAUCGCUAUGGAAAAUUACAGUUCGAUUCUUCUCGGCUUAUUAAGCAAAUUAUGAUCAUGUAAUAUAGAAAAUUUAUAUAAUUAUGUUUUUAGGAAUCUGUAUUAGUAAACCAAAUUAUAUUAGAAUUAAGUUACUGAUGUAUAAUAAAAGCUUAGAAUUGUGAUGUUAUAACAUUCCUUAUCUAUAUUAUUAAACUUUUAUAAAAUAUG